AGGAGGAGUCGAAGAAGUAGUAGUUCACAUGGCAGAUUUUGUUUUGGUCAAGUCAACCAUUCGUGUUUGCCUUUGGACUUUGUUCGAGGAAAAGUUGUUUUUCAACUUAGGACACGUUUUUUAACAUUAAUGGUGUGCAUUUGCGUUUAAGCGCGAGUUUGCGCGCAUCUUCAUUCGCAGACCAGUUUGUGCUGCAGAAUAUUGCAGAUGAUCAGACUGUCAUAACACGAAUGGAGACUGACGAGUCGGCACGUAUAACUGAAGACGUACCUGAUGAAACCACCCCUUUGCUCCCCGAUGACCCCAUCUGUGAUAAAGUUGUCCCUGAAACACCGCUUCAGUAUAAGAGCAGAUGGUGGUCUAUUCGGAUCAUGUAUCUCACAAUGUUUCUCAGCAGUGUGGGAUUUUCAAUUGUCAUAACAUCAAUAUGGCCGUAUCUGCAGAAGGUUGAUCAUACAGCAGAUGCCAGCUUCCUGGGCUGGGUGGUUGCAGCAUACAGUCUUGGACAGAUGUUGGCUUCACCUAUUUUUGGAUGGUGGUCCAAUCACCGACCAAGAAAAGAACCACUUAUUACUUCAAUAUCAAUUAAUGUUGCUGCUAAUAUACUGUAUGCAUAUGUGCAUCUUCCUUCAUCUAAAAACAAAUACUACAUGUUGAUGGCUCGAGCAUUUGUAGGAAUUGGUGCAGGAAAUGUGGCUGUGGUACGGUCAUAUGUUGCUGGAGCAACUUCAAUAAGAGAGAGGACUGGUGCCAUGGCCAACAUGAGUGCUUGCCAGGCACUUGGAUUUAUUUUGGGUCCAGGUUUUCAAGCUGGUAUGGCUUAUAUUGGUGAGCAAGGAAUUACCUGGGCUGCUUUAGACCUCCAAGUCAACAUGUAUACGGCACCUGCUUUGCUCGGAGCAAUACUUGGAGUUGUAAAUAUUGUAUUGAUUAUUUUAAUAUUAAGAGAGCAUCAUGUUGAUGAUCUUGGGAGAUAUCUCAAUUCAAUUAAUGAUGUUUCUGAAGAGCGUAUCCAGGCAGGAGAAAACACAGAUGGAAAUAUUGAUCAUAUGGCUGUGUUAACAUCAAACAUUAUUUUUUUUGUUGUUCUCUUCGUGUUUGCAGUGUUUGAAACGAUAUCUACUCCAUUAUCUAUGGACAUGUAUGCCUGGAGCAGGGCUCAGGCUACCUUCUACAAUGGCAUUAUUUUGGCAUCAAUUGGAGUUGAAUCUAUAUUUGUGUUUUUGGCUGUGAAAAUUGUAUCCAAAAGAACUGGAGACCGUGCCAUUCUUCUUGGAGGGCUUUUCAUAAUUCUUUGUGGAUUUUUCAUUUUGCUACCUUGGGGAAAUACAUUUCCCAUGUUGCAAUGGACAGAUGUUAGGAAUGCAACAGGCCUUCAAAGACCCCUUGAUGGCAUUGUAAAACUGACCCCAAAUAUGCCAAACAACACAGGUGAAUAUGUUGGCUGCCCAGUCCGUCAGAAGUGGUGCCUGUACACUCCAGCUGUCCAUUUGGCACAGUAUCUUACAGCUGAUGUACUUAUAGGAGUGGGUUAUCCAGCCUGUAAUGUAAUGUCUUAUACACUGUAUUCUAAAAUUUUGGGACCAAAACCUCAGGGUGUCUACAUGGGAUGGCUAACAGCAUCAGGAAGUGGUGCUCGGACAGUUGGGCCUGUAUUUGUAAGUCAGGUUUACACAAACUUGGGACCACGGUGGGCCUUCAGUAUCAUUUGUGUGCUCGUUGGAGCAACUGCUGCCUUUCUUUGUGCCACUUACAAAAGACUGAUUGCCUUCUCAGUCAAGUAUGGACGGUAGAAUAAUGAACUGGAUGUACUUGAAGCUAUUUUAUGAAGCACUUUUAUGAAGACCAGAUCAGAGCAACUGGUUUGUAGACUGUGAUAUAAUUUUACUUUUAAGUCACUUUAUCUUUUAUAUUUACUAAGUGGUUGUUUCUGUCCAAAAAAUAACUACAUGCAUCAUACCUGUGAUUUGUUUUUCAUAUUUUCAUUAAUCUCUGCAUUGUGCAUAGUAUAUAACUGAGAUCUUAUGCAUUAGGUAGUGAACCUAAAUAUUUACUCACUUAAAUUGAAGCAAAACAUACAUUGUCUCCUGGUGAUGCAUACCUAUGCAGUAAAAGAGUAAACUUAACCUUAGCAUAAGCUGGAACACAGUGAAGAAAUGUUCAAAACAAGUAUAUUGCACAUUCAAAUUCCUCAUCUUAAUACCUUAACUUUUUGUUUUAUAUUAGCACAUUAAAUUAUCAUGAAUCUUUAGAACUUUUAUGUAAUGUACAGUAUGUACAUCCUUGCUGUUUUUUUAGAAUCCUGUAUUUCAAAUUUCUUUUCACUGCUGGUCAGCCCUUGUACGUCUCCUCUUUCAAUCCUGGUUUUGUUUUUGGUUCUUUUGCCAAAUUUACCUUCUUCACUGAUAGCGUUGCAUACCACUGAUAAAAGACUGGAAUCAUUUGUACAUAGUACAAAGCACUUUCAAGAGUAACUGAGUAUCCUGAUAAAUAUUACUUAUAAAGGCUUUAAGGUUUCUGCUUCUAUAUUAUCACAGUUUGAGAUCUCAGAUAAGCAAAACUACACUAAACAAAACAACACAAACUAAUGUGGUGUUCUUACAUUCAGGAUGCUCAGUUCUUUAAAGUAGUACCUCAUAUUUGACAAUUUCAGGUCACUUUCACAGUAAUAAUUGUCAUUAGACUCUUAGCAAUCAUGGCCGAAGUGAUCACCCACAAACACAUUAUUUUUUUUUUUACAUUAUUGAUAUGUGGCUACUCGAGAACAGCUCUCUUGUAGCCAGCAGUAUAAACGUCAUUCAGUUAUAGGCAGGACCAUUUUGCUAGAUCACUAUUUUCCACAGAUUUUAGUAUUAUCUUGUUCAACCAUAUCUGUAAGUAAGUAAAACGUAAUCAACAAUGAAAAGGACACUUGGACUGCUUUUUAACAGUUGGUUGUUAUGUAUCCAUGAUAUAACUUUUACCAGCAUUGUCCAUCAUUACCUCUGUAAAGUAAUCACCAAAUAAAGAGAAUGGGUCGUAUUUUUUCAUA